AUGGGCAGUGUUCUUGAAGACCAUGCAUCAAUGAUGACCACAAGGAUUAACAACAUUGUGACAAGUAGAAAAGGCAAAACAGAAAGCAUCUGCACAGAAAAGUAACAUUAACACUUAUUGUAAUAAAAAUAUUCACUAAAUAGAGUUAUCCUACAACAGUUUUGACUAGUUCAAGGUUUAUUAUUUUAAUUCUUGAAUAGUUAUUUUGGUUUGUGAACAAUGCCAAAUUGGUUCUGUUGGCAGCACUUUUGAUCCAAUCCUGGAUAUUUACAUCUGUUCAUACUUAAUAUGGAAAUCCAGGCAGACCGAAAUCUUUGCAAAGUUUAUAUAAGUGAUAUUCUCCACAUAAAUUUAUUAUAAUUGUUGCCAACUUGCGAGUUGCCAACUUGCUUGGGCCAGUUGUAUAAAAGUCUUACAAUGGCUAUCUUUUAAAUACCCAUUUCCUAGUUGAAUGAUAGCUAUAAACACAUAAUUCUGAUUGCUUAACUAGCUGUUCCACUAACUAUUAGUUAUUAAACUACUUUUUUAAUACAACAGUAAUUGUGUUUUCUUCAAUUUAAUAUUCCAUAGAAUGUGCACCAAAAUCGUUUAGAAUAUGUUAUAGAAUAUUCAACAGACGUCUAUAGAAUCUUCUAUAGAAUUCUGUUGAAUAUUCUAUUGGAUGUUCCAUCGAAUAUCCCAUAGAAUAUGUUCCAAAAUCGUUUAGAAUAUGCUAUAGAAUAUUCAACAGACGUCUAUAGAAUCUUCUAUAGAAUUCAGUUGAAUAUUCUAUUGGAUGUUCCAUAGAAUAUCCCAUAGAAUAUGUUCCAAAAUCGUUUAGAAUAUGCUAUAGAAUAUUCUAUAGAAUUCAGUUGAAUAUUCUAUUGAAUGUUCCAUAGAAUAUCCCAUAGAACAUCUCAUAGAAUGUGUUCCAAAAUCGUUUAGAAUAUGCCAUAGAAUAUCCUAUAGAAUAUUUCAAUGUAAUAUUCUAUAGAAUAUUUUUGUAAGGGUAUGCUAAUGACUUGUCACAGGACCCUGCAGAUAUUAAGUCAUGAUAAAAAUAAGAAAUUAAUUAAUACUGUUUUGACAAUUUGACACAAGUCAAAAGUUUUAAUGUAAUCAUUUUAAAUGUUACCCAUGAAGCCAACCACUUCACAGGUUAUUUAGAACAUAUAUGUGUUUUAUUAUUCUAAUCAUGUGUCUAUACAGAAGCAUAAAUAAUUUUAUAUCAUAGUACAUUUUUAUGUAUGUAUACAGUAUGGUAAAAAACCCACGUCCAUUCACGUUUUACUUACCUUAUUUCCUCCAAGAAAUUACUUGCAUUCUGUAAGAAGGCUAAAAAGUUCUUGAGAUAACCAGUUUCAUUAAAUUUUAAAGAUAGAAAAUCAGACUGUUUGGUGAAAUUCCUAAUCAAUUCCUUCACUCUCAUUGUUUACAUGCAAGCAUUCACAUAUAUAUAUAUAUAUUUUAAGGAAAAUACAAUGUUUAGAUGAUAAAAAAAGUAUGUUAAAUAUAUAUAUAUAUAUAUAUAUAUAAAAUGUUUCUGGUCUGACAACUGAAGAUUUAACCAUUCAUUUUGUUUUUCCACUAACGUUUUCACUUUAUUCAAAGUUCUUCAGGUGCAUAUUACAUAUGAAUGGUUUAGUGGUUUAGUACCGGUAUUUAUAUCUUACAUGCGUUUUGUUAUUACAAUAAUGAUGCUAUUCUAUAUUCUUAUGUUAGUGUUACCGCUAAUUACUUUUCUAAUGGAUUUGUCGGUGUUCUCUGUGGUGAUGCCGACAGUUCUAUUCGCCAACCCGAAACAAACGUAAAAAAUGCACCAACGCGGAAAAAUGGAACAAGCUUCCAACAGAUGAACACUGGGUUGCAAAGCAGAAAAAUGCAGAAUAGAGAGGAAGUACAACAGAGACACACCAGACCAGAAAAUCAACAGCGAGGGCGCUCGUAUCAACAAGACAGGCCACGUAAAUUCUCAAGAAUCCGAGACAAACUCAACGCGAGAAAACCAACGUAUGCAGAAGCCGCCCGAAGUCCAUACAAUUGUCGAAGUGAACGCAAGCGACAAGCAACCACUACCAUUGAUUACAACCAGAGACAACCGAAACAUUUUUUGGGAUCAACCCACAGAGGCAAUUAUCCACCAACGAACAAUCGUCAGUUAGUGCGAAAUCACCAACAAAACCAAAGACACGAACAAUGA